GUAUUGCAUGGAUAUGUAUUUUUAUUUUUGUUGUUUUUUGGGAUUGUUCAUUUUGUAAAUAGUUUUUUAUUUUUUCAUUUUAUGUAUUUUUCAGAAUGUUCAUAUGGAGUUGGAAGACAUUGAUGAAAGAAUUCAAUAUUUGGAUAACAUUAAGAAUUCAUCUGCGUAUAUAAAAAAGAGGAAAAACGUUAAAAUGAUGUUAGAACAAUUUCUUCAGAAACUUCCUGACUCACCCACCCUAUUGUCAGUCACGCCAUAUGAUAUUAAACGAUUUUUAGUAUGGAAGGAUAGAUUUGGGAAAACAACAGUCCAUUCAUAUAAAUGUAAACAAUUAGGAAUAAUUGGGGAUAGUAACUGUAAGUGUCCUAAACGGUUAGCAGCAGCAUCAGUUAGAAAUAUUAUCCAGCACCUUGUAGAUAUAUUAGAAUUAGAGGGAAGAGGAAGAACUUACGAUGAAUAUUGUGGGGUUGGAAACCCAGCUGCAUCAGUUCAAAUUAAAGCUUAUUUGAAAUGUGUUCAAGAAGAGCAAGCAAAAGCACAUAUUCUCCCAAAGCAGGCAAAACCAUUCUUUUUAACAAAACUUGAAUCAAUAUCAAAGUAUAUAUGUAGAGAAUUAAGGAGGUCUGACUUAAAAUCAAAGGAAAGGUUUGUCUUGACAAGAGAUCAAGCGCUAUUUAAAUUACAGUUUUUUGCUGGUGACAGGGCUAGUGACAUAGCAAUUACUUUAUUGCAAGAAGUGAAAUAUUUAAGAAAAAAAGAUGGGUUUGCAUUGAAUCAUACAUUUGGAAAAACUCUUAGGGGAAAUGGAAAAACGAAUACAUUUGUAUUAAAAUGCUGCCCAAAUGAAAUCAUUUGUCCGGUUAGAGGAUUGGAGAUAUAUUUUGAAGAGGCAAAAAGAUUAGGGAUAGAUAUGUCUUCAGGGUAUCUUUUUAGAAUGGUGACCGAGUCAGGAAGGGUUAUUAAUGAUCCAAUGUCUUACUCCUCUAUAUAUGAAAGACUAAAAAGUUAUUUGAUUACUCUAGGGAUCUAUGAGGGUGAGACACCACAUAGUUUAAGAGCAGGUUGUGCUGUGCAUAUGUGUUUUUCUAAUGCGGCACAUAAUGUUAAUGAUCUUAUGAACCAUGUUGGAUGGGCUACAGAAAGCUCUGCAAAAUAUUACAGUAGAUAUGAAACUUUGUUAGAUGCAUCACAUACUGCUACAAGGUUAGCACAGUCUAGUGAGAGAGGAAAAGAAAUUGAAAAUAUGUUUAAAGAAAAUGCAAAUUUUGAUGACUUGACAUCUAUUGGUGAUCUUUAGCGCAUUUUUUGUUUUUUGUGUAGUGUGUGUGAAAUGUGAGGUUACAUAUUGUAAACAAAAGUAAAU